CCUGAAGCUAGACACACGAAGCUCGGUGUUAUCUACCCCAGAUUGAGUGACCCCAUGGGGGCCUGCUUCUCGGCCAUCCUCCGAGUGGGACUGACAGUUACACGCCCUCGGCUUCCUGUCGGACAGCAUACACCCGCCAAUCUAUUGCCUGUUUUGAUAUUCAUGGAGGUCGACAUAUAAAUGGCGGUGGAUGCUGGGGAUCUGCGCCUGUCCGACAAACUGUCGUCCUGCAUCUUGCAACCUCGGAACAUUCUUGCGGACUUUGUAAACUCGGAUUGUGCAAGAUGACGGAGUGGUAUACCUUGAGUAUUGCACUUUUCGCGGCCAUCGGGACAUUUCUUUUUGGCUUUGAUACAGGAAUAGCCACAACAACUAUUGCCCAUGGAAGCUGGAUCAACUAUAUGGGCCACCCGUCGGCCGGCCUUACCGGAGCGGGCCAGGUCGUCGCCGUUUACAUCGCCGGCGAGGCAGUCGGUGCCCUCACACAGACAGCGAUCGGCGAUAGACUGGGUCGACUUCGGUUCAUGGCCCUGAUGUGUGUGGUCGUGACGAUCGGAACCACUAUCCAAACAGCAUCAAUCAACAUUGGGAUGUUCCUGGCCGGUCGUGCCCUUGCUGGCUAUGCCGUUGGAGGAAUGGUAGCCACUGUACCCAUCUACCUCAGCGAGAUCUCAGACCCGCGCCAUCGAGGCCUCAUAGGUGGUAUCUCAGGUUGCGGCAUCUCCUUCGGAACCAUGGCAUCGAACUGGGUUGGCUUCGCCUGUAGCUUUGCGCCAUAUGGACCCGUGCAAUGGCGACUGCCGCUGGGCAUCCAGAUUCCCUGGGGCAUCAUCAUGUUCGUUGGACUGGUCACCUUCAUGCCAAACUCGCCGCGACAUUUGAUUCGCAACGGCAAGAUCGAGCAGGCGCGCAGCGAGUUCGUGCGGAUCCGGAGGGAUCUCCACUCGGAUGAUGUGCAUCGGGAGUUUGAGCUUAUGCUUGCGCAGAUCAACUACGAGAAGGAGCGGGGGAUCACUUCCUACCGGGAGAUCUUUCGCCUGUUCCGGCACCGUGUCUUGGUCUCGAUUGCCGUGCAGACGAUGACUAGUCUGACUGGCGUGAAUGUCAUCCAGUACUACCAAACAAUCCUCUACAAAUCCCUCGGCAUCGACUCGCACACCAUCCUGGCCCUAGCCGCCGUGUACGGCACAAUCGCCUUCCUCACCAACUGCCUCACAACCAAAUACCUCACUGACCAAUGGGGUCGCCGAAAAAUGAUCCUCACCGGCCUAGGCGGCAUAAUCCUCAUCGAAAUCUACGCCGCAGUCAUGCAGCGCGAAUUCCAAAACACAAAUAACCGCGUCGGAAAGGGCUUCGCCAUACUGGGUAUCUACCUGUUUGUAGUGACCUAUUACGGCAUGCUAAACAGCACAACCUGGCUCUACGGCGCCGAGGUCCUCCCCAUCGCGCUGCGAAGUAAGGUAAUGGGUCUAGCGGCCGCGUCGCAUUUUAUCGUCAAUGUAGCUGUCACCGAAGCAGGGCCCAGUGCGUUUGCGAACAUCCACGAGAACUACUACUAUGUCUUCGUGGCGUGUACGGCGUUCUUUUUCGUGGUGGCGUAUUUCUAUUUCCCUGAGACGAAGCAGAAGACUCUCGAGGAGAUUGCUGCGUCUUUUGGUGAUAAGGUGAUUCUACCUGAGGAUCAGGGUGAUGAGCAAGGCGAGGACGAAGAGGAUGAGGAAGAGGAUGUGAAGAAGGUCAAGUCGAAUUCUCAGCGAAUUGAGGUGGCUGUGGCUGGAAGAGAUGAUUCUGUUUAAUCUUGAUGUUUCAUAGUGAUUACGUUUGAUGGUCUGUCGUGAGGGAUAUGCGUGUCUGCGGAGUCGAACAAGUCAUGCCAAAGUGCUUGCCGCACGCUGUCCGAGUACCUCUGACCAGUGUAUAUGCACAAUGGUUCGUCAACGGCUGGAAGACCUUCCAUAAGUGCCUCGUC